AUGGCCAUCCAAAAGAACAAGAAAAUCAGUGUCGGAGCCAAACUUCGUAAAAAGUUAAUUUCAACGAGAACGAUUGAAAAGAAUAAAACAUGGAACAAGGCAACCACUAUCAAGAAGGAAGUAAAGAAGGAGAUUUUGAAAAAAGAACAAAGUAAAAUUAAACCAAUGGUGACUCAUAAGCCAAAGGAGGCCAGUAAUAUUGUAAAGGCUAGCAUGGAUUGUCUCUAUGCCAAGUGCAUUCCUUGUAUUACAGAUUGUGUAAUUGCGGAGUUGGAAAAAUUAGGUACAAAAUUUAAAGUGGCUUUGAGGGCUGCUAAAGAUCCUCGAUUUGUUCGAUUGAAAUGCACUCAUAAGGGUUGCUAUGCGGACGAUUGUAUUGUGAAUAGAGUGAGUGCUAAUCCAGUAUAUGUUGUGGGCACUUGUGACAAGGAUUUAAAACGAAGAUUAAGAAAAAUUCCUGGAGUGCCCCUGAUGUACAUUCGCAACAGACAAUAUACCGUUGAAAGAUUACCUGAUGUAGAUAAAUUGAGUGGUGGCUUGUAA